GGUACAUUGGCAUGGCUGUCACUCAGCAAGUCAAAACACACAGUGACCAAACAAAGCGAUGGAUGUCGUAGAAACAAAACCGCAAAUCACCAGCAUUUCAGAACCCAAAAUUCAGCCAGUAGAAAUCGAGAUUCUUCCUGUUGUGUACGACAUCAUCCGAAGUGUCGAAAAGGAUCCAAUAGAUAACACAGCGAAACAAAAGGAAAGUGCCGAGUGCAGUCAGAAGGUCCUUGAACUUCAGCGGACGCUCGAGAACGCCCGAUCAACCAUCCGGAAGCUGCAAGGUAUCGAGUACAGCAAAGAGGAGCAACUUCGACGGCUCGAAAGUCUUCGGAAGCAAUUAGCACUGAAGCAGCAACUGAUCAAGAAGUAUAAAAACGUCCAGUUCUAG